ACCCCUCCCUCUCAUUCUCUCUCUUUCCUCCCUCCUUCUAGUCCUUCUCCUCCUCAGUCUCCACACACACACACACACACACUUCUAAACACAGGCGGCGUGUGCUUGCAUUGCAGCUCACAGCACACAGAUGGAUGGAGCUAGCGUGUGUGUGUGAGAGAGAGUGAGUUAGCCGGGAGUGAGCCGUAGCUGGCUGACUGGCUGACUGGCUGUGCAGACACAGGGGAGAGUGUCACCGUCUCAGGCUGGGUGUGGAGAACUCUCUCUGGGGUAGGGAGACCACAGGACCAGGGUUCUCCCAGGGCUCUAUAGCAGCUGCAGCAGGUGGACAGCUAGCCGGAUGGGCCAAUGGGUGGCUGAGGGAAGGCAUGCAGCAGUAACCACGGCAACAGUGGUAACAGUGGUACCGGCUGUAAGGGGCACAGGGACAUGCUGAGGAUGGGCACUCGGCCGCGGCAACCCCCGGACCUGCGGCAGCGGGAGGAGGGCAGGCUGCUGGCAGCGGUGGCUCUGGUGGAGCAGGAGGAGGAUGAGGAUGAGGAGGAAGACUCAGAGGAAGGCAGCAGUGGAAGCGGGGGCAGUGACAGCGCCAGCCGGGCAGAAGAAGGGGCCAAGGCCACCAAAGUCCCCACCUUCGAUGUCCCCUACUUCCGCUACAUAGACGAGGAGGAGUCAGAGGGAGAGGGGGAUGGAGAGGAGGUGUGGAGCAGCAGUCGCUCUCUGUCCUCCAUCGAGGACGACUCGUCCAGUGACAGUGUUGUCUCUGACAGGUACGUGGUGGUGUCAGGGACCCCAGAGAAGAUCCUAGAACACCUGCUGUCUGUCUUGAGGCUGGACAACCACCGUGAUGACCAGGGGAGCACACAGCAGAUCAAGGAGUCAGAGCCUCUCCUGGAUGACUUCCUGCUGACAUACCUGGUGUUCAUGUCAACCAGUGAUCUGUGUCAGGCUCUCCUGGGACACUAUUGUUCUAAGAGACACCACCGGGGGAAAGAGGAAGGGAAGGAGGUUCUGGACAGGAAACGUCAGGUCCUGCACCUGGUGACACAGUGGACAACACUGUACAGGGACUUCCUACGAGAAGACGAGCAUGUUAAACUCUUCAUGAAGACAUUGUAUCGUUUCCUCCUGGAUGACCUGUAUGAGUAUCCAACUCUAGAGAAGGAGCAGAAGGACCUGCAGAAACUCCUGCGGCUGCAUCGCAGACAUACAGCGGAGGAGUAUUCACCCCACAGAAAGAGCAAAGCUCUUUCCCAUCAGCUGAGCCUGAAAGAGAACGUGCUCCCGACCAGAGGAACACAAAGGGAGACCAGGGAAGUGUUGUGUCAUGUGUACGUGAGCAUGGACUCAUAUCUGAGUGUGAGGAGCCUGGCCAGUGUUGUGGCCCAGGGGCUGCUGCAGGAGGUGGCUGAGAGACUGGAUGUCCCCCUGGAGGAGCUGGUCCUGCUGGCUGUCACCUACCCUGGAGAGAAACUCCUCCUGAAGCCUCAGGACAGGCUCUACUCUGAUUCGCUGACAGCAGUGGGGAGGCUGCACGUGUGCAGAAAGGACCUGAGUGAAGUCAUGAGCCCGUUCACAGACAACGCAGAGCUACAACAGAGGUCAGCUCGCAUGCUGAGUAUGAACACAUGGGACGUGGCUGUCACCCUUACAAACUUUGACUGGAGUGUCUUCAACUCAAUACAUGAGCAAGAGCUGGUGUACUUCACAUUCAGCCGUCAUGCCAGCAGCGGCCACACGGUGGCGCUGGAGCUGCUGCUGCAGCGCUGCAAUGAGGUACAGCUGUGGGUGAUGACAGAAGUCCUGAUGUGUCCUACGCUCUGCAACAGAGUCCAGCUCAUCAAGAAGUUCAUCAAAAUCGCUGCCCACUGUAAAGCCCAGAGGAACCUCAACUCUUUCUUUGCCAUCGUUAUGGGUCUGAACACCGCAGCAGUUAGCCGCCUCAGUCAGACCUGGGAGAAAGUUCCAGGAAAAUUCAAAAAACUGUUUUUGGAACUGGAGAUGUUGACAGACCCCUCUCUCAACCACAAAGCCUACAGGGACGCUUUCAAGAAGACCAAGACGCCCAAGAUCCCAUUCCUUCCUCUGCUACUGAAAGAUAUCACUUUCAUUCACGAGGGCAACAAAACGUUUCUCGAUAACCUGGUGAAUUUUGAAAAGCUGCACAUGAUAGCCGACACGGUGCGUCUCAUCAGACACUGUCAGGAGGAUCACAUGGGGAACGGGAUGCCCCAGAAGAGCAGUCCGGAGGUGCAGGCCUAUGUCGACUACCUUCACGUCAUUGACAAUCAGCAGACUCUGUUUGAACUGUCCCACAGACUGGAACCCCGUGUGUAGAUAGACCACAUACACUCUCUGAGCCUGCCUCCCUCCACCCCUCGAAGUCAGACCACCAAGGAGAAGGGUACCAACUAGUCUCUGGAAACACCUCUCAGGACUCAUAGAGAGACAUGGGUUGGCCAACUCUACAGAGCCCAGCUCUAACACACACACACACACACACACACACACACACACACACACACACACACACACACACACACACACACACACACACACAGGAUUCUAUUAAUCAGUUGCUCACACAGCAGGACUUGAUGAGUUGAAUUAGGUGGGUUAAUGCAGGACUGGAACAAAAGCCAGAGGGUUAGGGUUGGCCAGAGCCAACAGAGAGAUGACUGUGUGGCGCUGGCCAACCACUAGAUGGCGCCAAAAGGCAUACUGGAAUACUGAGCAACGAUGGAGCAGAGGUAACCAAAGAGCUUCUCAGUUUAACAAAUAGAUCUGGACCCAUAUUGAUCAAAGGAUCCCCGAGUAGGAGUGCUGAUCUAGGAUUUGUUUAGCCUUUUGGAUCGUAAUGAAUGGACAGGGACCUAGAUCAGAACUCCUACUCAGUGAUGUCCUGGUAGAUAAAUAGGUGGAUAAACUUGGAUUGCUGGUCGCAGUGAAAAAAGUAAUGCUUCCUAUUCUUUCAAUGCAUUUUUCUGCAAAAUGUGGGUACAUUGUUGGGGCCCUCCCCCCAAAAAGGUGGGUACAUUGUUGGGGCUCUCCCCCCAAAAAGGUGGUUACAUUGUUGGGUCCCUCCCCCAAAAAGGUGGUUACAUUGCUGGGGCCCUCCCCCCAAAAAGGCGGUUACAUUGUUGGGUCCCUCCCCCAAAAAGGUGGGUACAUUGCUGGGGCCCUCCCCCAAAAAUGUGGGUACAUUGCUGGGGCCCUCCCCCAAAAAGGUGGGUACAUUGCUGGGACCCUCCCCCAAAAAUGUGGGUACAUUGCGUUUACCCUCCACUACACCAGUGAUCCUACUCUGAGACUCUUUAUGAACAUGGACCCUGCUUCAGUCACUCUGUAUUGAUAGCUUCAGGUUGUUGUUAUCUGCUUCCAAACAGGUGACCACUCCCAGAUUAUCUAUCUACACACAAUGAAUGAAAGCAUCAACCUUCUGGGGACUUCUGGGGACUCUGAACACCAGGACACUACACUUGACAGACCUCCAGUGCAUGACCACCACACACUAGACUGCUGUUAAGCUAAAUGGUUUUAAACAACAAUAUUGAAAAGUGUGUGUGUGUGUGUGUGUGUGUGUUGCAUAAAUGUCACUUCCGAAUACUGAAAAAAAGAUCAUUCAAAAUAUUUCAGAGUAAAGUGUGAGGUAAUAAAACCUUCCUCGACAGCAGAAGGGUUUUGUUACAGGUAUAGAUAAUGUAAUAAACCAUCCUCAACAGUAGAAGGGUUAUGUUACAGCUAUAGAUAAUGUAUUAAACCAUCCUCAACAGUAGAAGAGUUAUGUUACAGCUAUAGAUAAUGUAAUAAACCAUCCUCAACAGUAGAAGGGUUAUGUUACAGAUAAUGUAUUAAACCUUCCUCAACAGUAGAAUUGUUAUGUUACAGUUAUAGAUAAUGUAAUAAACCAUCCUCAACAGUAGAAGGGUUAUGUUACAGUUAUAGAUAAUGCAAUAAACCAUCCUCAACAGUAGAAGGGUUAUGUUACAGUUAUAGAUAAUGUAUUAAACCAUCCUCAACAGUAGUAGAACGGUUAUGGUCACAGUUAUAGAUAAUGUAAUAAACCAUCCUCAACAGUAGAAGGGUUAUGUCACAGUUAUAGAUCAUGUAAUAAACCAUCCUCAACAGCAGAAGGGUUAUGUCACAGUUAUGGAUAAUGUAAUAAACCAUCCUCAACAGUAGAAGGGUUAUGUUACAGUUAUAGAUAAUGUAAUAAACCAUCCUCAACAGUAGAAGGGUUAUGUUACAGUUAUAGAUCAUGUAAUAAACCAUCCUCAACAGUAGAAGGGUUAUGUCACAGUUAUAGAUCAUGUAAUAAACCAUCCUCAACAGCAGAAGGGUUAUGUCACAGUUAUGGAUAAUGUAAUAAACCAUCCUCAACAGUAGAAGGGUUAUGUUACAGUUAUAGAUCAUGUAAUAAACCAUCCUCAACAGUAGAAGGGUUAUGUUACAGUUAUAGAUCAUGUAAUAAACCAUCCUCAACAGUAGAAGAGUUAUGUUACAGCUAUAGAUAAUGUAAUAAACCAUCCUCAACAGUAGAAGGGUUAUGUUACAGAUAAUGUAUUAAACCUUCCUCAACAGUAGAAUUGUUAUGUUACAGUUAUAGAUAAUGUAAUAAACCAUCCUCAACAGUAGAAGGGUUAUGUUACAGUUAUAGAUAAUGCAAUAAACCAUCCUCAACAGUAGAAGGGUUAUGUUACAGUUAUAGAUAAUGUAUUAAACCAUCCUCAACAGUAGUAGAACGGUUAUGGUCACAGUUAUAGAUAAUGUAAUAAACCAUCCUCAACAGUAGAAGGGUUAUGUCACAGUUAUAGAUCAUGUAAUAAACCAUCCUCAACAGCAGAAGGGUUAUGUCACAGUUAUGGAUAAUGUAAUAAACCAUCCUCAACAGUAGAAGGGUUAUGUUACAGUUAUAGAUAAUGUAAUAAACCAUCCUCAACAGUAGAAGGGUUAUGUUACAGUUAUAGAUCAUGUAAUAAACCAUCCUCAACAGUAGAAGGGUUAUGUCACAGUUAUAGAUCAUGUAAUAAACCAUCCUCAACAGCAGAAGGGUUAUGUCACAGUUAUGGAUAAUGUAAUAAACCAUCCUCAACAGUAGAAGGGUUAUGUUACAGUUAUAGAUAAUGUAAUAAACCAUCCUCAACAGUAGAAGGGUUAUGUUACAGUUAUAGAUCAUGUAAUAAACCAUCCUCAACAGUAGAAGAGUUAUGUUACAGCUAUAGAUAAUGUAAUAAACCAUCCUCAACAGUAGAAGGGUUAUGUUACAGAUAAUGUAUUAAACCUUCCUCAACAGUAGAAUUGUUAUGUUACAGUUAUAGAUAAUGUAAUAAACCAUCCUCAACAGUAGAAUUGUUAUGUUACAGUUAUAGAUAAUGUAUUAAACCAUCCUCAACAGUAGUAGAACGGUUAUGGUCACAGUUAUAGAUAAUGUAAUAAACCAUCCUCAACAGUAGAAGGGUUAUGUCACAGUUAUAGAUCAUGUAAUAAACCAUCCUCAACAGCAGAAGGGUUAUGUCACAGUUAUGGAUAAUGUAAUAAACCAUCCUCAACAGUAGAAGGGUUAUGUUACAGUUAUAGAUAAUGUAAUAAACCAUCCUCAACAGUAGAAGGGUUAUGUUACAGUUAUAGAUCAUGUAAUAAACCAUCCUCAACAGUAGAAGGGUUAUGUUACAGUUAUAGAUAAUGUAAUAAACCAUCCUCAACAGUAGAAGGGUUAUGUUACAGUUAUAGAUCAUGUAAUAAACCAUCCUCAACAGUAGAAGGGUUAUGUUACAGUUAUAGAUAAUGUAAUAAACCAUUCUCAACAGUAGAAGGGUUAUGUUACAGUUAUAGAUAAUGUAUUAAACCAUCCUCAACAGUAGUAGAAGGGUUAUGGUCACAGUUAUGGACUUAGCUGGUGGACUUAGAUGUUUGGUCUUAGCUGUGGACACUCAGAGACGUAGCUUGAGGCAUCAGAUCCUUUGCCUGUCAUGUCUCUGUAUCUGCACUAUGAAGAAACAGCAAUACACCAAGUCGACACUUUUGCCUUUGAACAUUCUUGUCCAGUUAAAACGCCUUUGCCUUUUUCUUUCAGUGGCAGUAUUAGUUAAUCUUCUAGAAACGGCUAAUAAACUGUACAUGUCUAUGAGCCAUCCACCUGCAGGAUGUUGUGUCCUGUUCUAGAGAAUCCUCUUGGUGAAUGUUUCAGUGGUUUAGAAAAGAGAUCAGACCCUGAUAUAGAGGUUCUUCAGUAGCACCACCAGUUCUCCUGUUGUGGAUUCCCCUGAUGUGUAAUGUGUGUAUCACAGAGAUGAAACACUUCUAUAUCUAUGGUGUGUAUAGUGUUUUGAGGCAGGUCAUGUACUAUAGAUUCCAUCUAUAUACUGUAGUAUGUUGUGCGUUCCCUGGUUGGACAUGGAGAUUUGGAGAAGUAUUUAUUAUUAUGAUAAUAGACUUAUUUAUUUGCUCGUUGUGCACUACUUUUGACCAGGUAGUGUACUAUGUAGGGAAUAGGGUAUCAUUUGUGUCCUUUUUACCUGCCGUGGGGUUCCAAUAGGUCAGGACCUGGUCUGCAUGACGUGGUAAAGCCAUGGAUCGACCACCAAGUAUAAUAUGCAUGGAACAAAAAGCAUUUCCUUGUGAAGUAGUGCUUUUCUACAUGUCGCUACAACGCCCAAAUCAGCAUGUACUAACAAAUAUUAUUUCAGAAAGGGAAACAAAAGCAAUACCAAGUCACUGCUCUUCUCUCUCAUCACUCUUUAUGCUUUUCGUUUUUUACAGUCAUUUUCAAAUGUUAAAUAAUAAAUGAAAUGUUUUGUUGUAUGAA